AUCUCCAACCAAGUCCUUGCUCCUUGUGUAAUUAAGUGUGAUAAAUCUAUGCUCUGUGGCGUCGAGUGUCUUCUCUUUAAGCAACAAAGAGAGGGUUCCGUCGCUAAAUGCUGUAUCUGUUCUCUUCCUAUUUCAUGUCUUCAAUCGACUCUUCUCUUUCCUCUGCUCCUUGUUGUUCAGAGUGGAAGUCAUCUCUAUUCCUAACUCUUCUUUCUUUCUUUGCCCCUCUCUCUUUUCAUUAUAAAUCUACCUUCUUUUCGUUUACGCACUCUGCUUUUUACAAAACAUGAGUAAUAAAAAGGUUCUAGUAUUCGGAUCCUUCACUGAAGAUGAAACCAAGUCAUGGCAGGCAAGCAAAUCAUCUGAGAAUGAUAAGAAGCCUGUGCAGAAGAAAGAAUUGCAAUUCGGUUCUUUGAAUUUUGCAACUGGUAUAACUUUCGGUGAUUUUAGUAGUGAAUCGAGUAGGCAGCCGGGUUCUACAAAUGGAAAAGUCAGUUUUCAGAGUACAAAUCCACACAAGAAGGAAAAGGAUGUGAAGAUUGCAAUAAACCCUGAGCCUAGCGUGCUGGGAAGUCCAAAACAAAAUGGAAGCAUUGCUGGUUUCACCCACAGCGUUACCCUUGCUAAUGGUGUUAAAGGCUUAAAAACGGAGAGUUUGGACUUGGCUUCCUUGCACUUAUCACAGAAUGAAGAUAGUCCCAUAAAUCUAUCACAAAGCUCAAACUUUCAUGUUCUUGAUAGUGGAGCAGUAAAGGGUGGGGAUUUGGAUGGAACUAAUAAUAAUUCACUAGUAUAUGUGGAAAAUGAGAACACCAGGAAACCAUGUGAUGAGCCUGUUGCAGCUGUUAGAAAUUUACUACCACGUGGCUUAAUAAACUCGGGAAAUUUAUGUUUUCUUAAUGCAUCUCUGCAGGCUCUUUUAUCCUGUUCCCCUUUUGUUCAGCUCUUGCAGAAUCUCAGAACUCGCAACAUCCCAAAGGUUGGCUUUCCAACAUUAACGGCAUUUGCACAGUUUGUCUCUGAGUUUGACAUGCCAAGCAGUUCCAGCUUGAAGAAAGACACAGCUAUUGUUGAGACUGGUAGGCCGUUUAGCCCUGCCAUGUUUGAAGGCGUUCUUAAAAAAUUUACUCCAGAUGUGCCGAAUUGCAUAUCAGGACGACCCAGGCAGGAGGAUGCUCAGGAGUUUUUAAGUUUUAUAAUGGAUCAAAUGCAUGAUGAAUUACUCAAGCUUGAAGGACAAUUUGCUUGCACAAAUGGUGCCAAAUCAUCUCUUGUCUCUUCAACAGAGGAUGAUGAGUGGGAGACAGUAGGCCCAAAAAACAAAUCUGCUGUGACUAGAACACAAAGCUUCAUUCCUUCAGAGCUAAGUGAUAUUUUUGGAGGACAGUUGAGAAGUGUCGUGAAAGCAACAGGAAAUAAAGCUUCUGCAACUGUUCAACCAUUUCUAUUGCUUCACCUUGACAUUUAUCCUGAGGCUGUACGUACUAUUGAGGAUGCACUUCAUUUGUUCUCUGCACUCGAAAAUCUUGAAGGGUAUCGGGCACCGGUAACUGGAAAGGCUGGUAUAGUGACUGCUAGAAAGUCUGUGAAGAUACAGACACUUUCUAAGAUAAUGAUAUUGCACCUGAUGCGCUUUAGUUAUGGAAGCCAAGGGAGCACCAAGUUGCACAAGCCUGUGCACUUUCCCCUUGAAUUGGUGUUGGGUCGAGAAUUACUCGUUUCUCCUUCAACUGAGAGCCGGAAAUACGAACUUGUUGCAACAAUAACUCAUCAUGGGAGAGAGCCUUCAAAGGGUCAUUAUACAGCUGAUGCUCGGUGUCCCAACGGCCAUUGGCUUCAUUUUGAUGAUGCAUCUGUCACUGCAAUUGGUACGAGUAAAGUCUUGCAUGACCAGGCCUAUGUCCUCUUCUACAGACAAGUAUAGGAAGCGGUGGAAGGAAUUUUGAGCUAGCUACACAUUGUAAAAAUUGAGAAUUAUUUAAAUGGAUAAGAUUAGUACCUGGCCUGAUAUCAGGAAAUUUUCUGCGAGGUUUUGGGAGCUGCAUUAACAGUCUUGUGCUAAUGGAGAUGUAGAGUUUUCUCUUUUGAUGAAAGGUUGGAAGGUGUAUAGAGUCAGCUCUGACAUUGAGGAAUGCAGUUGAUCUGUAAUUUCUUUGAUAAUUGCAAUAGUUUAUUGGUAUUGAAGUUUGUUACGCGUGUCAUUUGUACUUGUAGGGUUAUGGUUAUGGAUGUCAUUUAGGGUCCAUCUGGUUGCUCGGAUCUAUUCUUUAGAUUUUCUCAGGACAACUAAAGCCCUAAUUCUUUGGCUAAGAGGGACUUUACAAUUGUUUCUGUGCUUUUAUGGUUCUUUUAUCAAAUUGGCAAUGCAUCGGAGUGUCAGGAUAAAAUUCCUGUUAUCUACAUUUAGUAGGUGCACCGGUGGCUUGCUUCUUGUUGCCUGUGUUAUUCUUAUAGGCUGGUUGCUUCAGUGUA